AUGGAACCUCCGUUCUUCAAUAUUCACUACCAAACUCCUACGCCACCGCAAUUCCGCCGUUUUCCGGUGAAUAUUCGGCCAACCGCCGCCGCCCAAACGACGCCGUCUCGGCGGCGUAAGGUGAUAUCUAUCCCUAUCCACGACGAGAAUUCCUUGAGAAAAAGGUCCGAUUCUGCAAUCAGGAUCCAGAAAGUGUUUCGCGGGUUUCGGGUCAGGAAACCAGUCAAGAAGAUUCUGGAACUGAAGGGAGAGGUUGAUGCCGUGGAGAAGAAGCUUCAGGAGAGAGAAACUAUGAAGGCGAUUAAGAGGGAUAGGAUGGAGAGGUUGAAGGUUAAUGAGAGUUUGAUGGUUUUGUUGUUUAAGCUUGAUUCUGUUCGAGGGUUUAAUGAUGAAAUUAGGGUUUUAAGGAAGAUGGUGAUUCGGAAAGCGAUUAGGUUGCAGGAAAUGAUUGAUUCGGCAAUUGAUGAAACUGCUGAUGAUAAUUGUGAGAAAUCUGAUGAAGUUGUUGAGAAAUCUGAUGAAGUUGUUGAGGAUACGACAGAGAAUUCUGAUGAUUCGACUGUGAUGAAUGUUGAAACUUCGCCGAGAGUAAUCGAUGAAACCCUAGAAAAAUCUGAGGAAGUUUUUGAAGAUGCUGAUGAUUUCACUGAGAGUUUGAGUAAAAUGCAAGUUGAAGAUUCGGAGAAAUUGGAGGAAAAUUCUGAGGUUGCUGUUGAUGCAAUGCAGGUUGAAACUGUUACUGGUUCUGAUGAGACAUGGGAAUGUGUUUCUUGUGAAACAGAGGAGCAUAAGUCGGGCGUUGUCGAGGCGGGGAAAGAAGAUGAUCAUGUUAAGGAGGAAUGCGAAGAUGGGUGUAAUUCGGCCAUGGUAGAGAAGGGAACGCCGCCUCGGAAGGAGGAUUGGUUCGUUGUUAAUGGUGAUGAGGAGGAGAAAAGGAAGAAAGAUAAGUUGCUGGAGAAAAUGGCAGCGGAUAAUGAGAGAUUGGUGGCAAUGGUGGCCGAUUUGUGUCAGAAAAACGUUGUUCAAAGUCAAUUGAUCUGUUCAUUGUCGCAGAGGGUUGAGCAAUUGGAGAAGGCUAUGAGUGAGAGGUUGAGGAAGAAGAAAAAGAAGAGUAAUGCUACUACUCAAAUUUAA